CGCUUAUCACUUGCUGCUAGACUGACGGUCUCCAGAUCGGUGAUUGCCUCGCUUCCGACCUACCAUAUGCACACGGAACUCAUUCCCAAAUGAAUGUGCGCAUCGCUCGAUCGUGUAAACAGAGAUUUUGUCUGGGGAGAAGGAGAUACUAGAUCGCGGCUACAUUUGGUGGCAUGGGACAAGAUGGUGCUUCCUAAGAGUCAAGGUGGAGCAGGUCUUCGCUCAAUCCAGAAAGCAAACAUGGUUAUGCUCGCCAAAAGUGGGUGGAGACUGAUCAAAGAAAAAGAUGCAUUGUGGACUCAGGUUGUUAAAACCAAGUAUGGGAGCUCCAAAGAAAACUUGGAUCUGCUUCGACCAGUUCAGGGAAGUUCCUUUACCUGGAAAAGCCUAGCUGCGGCCUCUACGCUUUUGAGAAGCGGUUGUGCGUGGAAUAUUAAGAAUGGUACUGCCACUAAAUUCUGGCUUGAUCCUUGGAUUUUGCAGGGACCGCUGAAGGACAUGGCGCUUGAGGAGAUUCCGGCUGAACGCUUAGAAGAAAUGGUAGCAGACCUGACCAAUGAGGAUGGCAUGUGGUGCACAGAGCGCUUCGCAGGCUUACUUCCCAUGGAUAUUCAGGACAAGAUUACAAGCGCAGCUGUGGAUAAAUUCUCAACCGAGAAAGAUACCCUUUUCUGGACUCUAUCUUCUAAUGGGAAGUUCUCCACCAAAACUGCCUAUGAGUCUCUUCUACCGCUUGGUACUGACUCGGAUGCGAAGUUUUGGAAGCUCAUUUGGAGUCUACCUAUUCCCGAGCGGGUUCGCUGUUUUGUUUGGCUUACUUGUUUGGGGAAGCUUGCGACAAAUGCCCUCCGCUUCUCCAGGAAGUGUGCUCCUUCUCCGAACUGUGCUCGCUGUAAUGGGCAGCGGGAGACAAUUAUUCAUAUCCUUAGAGACUGCCCUCCUGCCAGCUUCCUGUGGACCAGACAUGUCCCUAGCAACAAGCAGCAACGGUUUUUCACUUCAACCACUGAAGAUUGGCUUCGCUUGAAUCUAGCUGACGUAGAGGAGGUGUCCCAGGGAAUCCCGUGGUCAACCUUCUUCAGUAUUGCAGUGUGGAUUAUCUGGAAAAACAGGAAUGAUCUUUGUUUCAAGGGCAUAUCCUCCACUCUCACUGCCCCGUCUCUUGCUCAUUCUGUUAUGGCAAAGGUCAGGCUAUGGCACGCAGCUUGGAUAGCCCCAUCCCUGCUGCCUGGUUUGAGAUCUGCUCCUCCCAGCAGGGUUAUGGCUGAUAUUUCCUGGGAUCCGCCGCGGGGCGGGUGGAUGAAACUCAACCUGGAUGGAGCUUCCAAUGGCAAUCCCGGUCUAGCUGGAGCUGGCGGGGUUUUGAGAGAUGAUAGUGGCAGGUGGAUCUCCGGCUUCGUGGCAAAGGUUGGCGAGGCCUCAGCCGCCUUGGCCGAAUUAUGGGCCUUCCACUACGGUUUGGAUAUAGCUUGGAAAUCCGGAUGCCGAGCUCUUUUGGUUGAAUCCGAUUCCCAGCUUGCUAUUCAGUUGAUCAAUGACAGGCACGAUCCAGUUCAUCCGUAUGCUACUUUGUUGUCCUCUAUCCGCAGGCGAAUCAGUAGGGACUGGUUGGUGCGUAUAUCUCAUGUAUACCGUGAAGGGAAUAGAGUCGCGGAUUGGCUCUCGAAGCACAGUCUCGUCUAUCCCUAUGGGGUACAUGAGCUAGCGCACCCUCCAGCCGGUCUGCUCUCCAUUCUGCGGGAUGAUGUUCAGGGUGUUGCCUUUCAAAGGCGGGUUGUAAUUCCUUCCUCCUCCCCUCCCCUCUCCUUCCCUCCCCUGUAACCUCUCUGUUCUUGGCUUUGCCUCCCUUUAUGCAAAAAAAAAAAAAAAAUACAAGAGUUUUGCUUAUACGACUUAUAAUACUUUUCAUUCUUCCCUCACCUCCAUUUACCCACUUUUGUCACUCGAUUCCUACUAUGAAUGACCAUAUGCAUGGCAGAUCUGUCGAAGAAAUAACUAGCAUUAAUAAGAUCCCGAUGUCGACAGAAAUAAUAAAUGGAAUUGUAAUGU